AUGGCAAUGGUCUGCGACAACCUGCUUUGCUGCGGGUCCAAGCGCCAUGGGUUAACCUUAUUCGCUCUGAUCUAUACCAGAGUUCGUCUAGUCUGUGGCUCCCUUCCCUCAUUGACACUAUCGCACAAAGUAGCAUUGACCUGUGGACCUCAUACAACCCUGGGCAACGGGGCAUUGCGAUGGAAUUUACCAGGGAGCAACCCCAGGGCAACGAAUCCUCCACAUUUAAGUGUUUCCUGGUCUCCCCUCCUCUUCCUUGUAGCCCCGCAAUGCUGGACGUCUUCCGCAUGGCAGGCAAUACACGUACUGUAUCUGGAACUUGCCAUUUGUGCCGGUCUCUGCAUGCGCAGUUCCCCCACUUACACCACGUUUUGCGAUUUCACUCUCGCUCCCCAUGGCCAAGAGACACUACCGGGCCUGGACUCCCGGCGAGGAACAGGACUAUCCAUCAUGGGUAGCGCGCCAUCUCCAUUUAACGUGGCCGGAGAGGGCUCGGAAAUAUUCGAUCGAGCGCAAACCCAGAACGAAAGAAUCUCUGCGGACCAAAUACUUCCUAUCUCGAUCAGCACCCCCACCCCUUCCGAGCAUCGUUCAGACGACCCAACCCCUCUAAGGAUGCGAAUGAUGAGGCCACCGGCCUCUACACGCGUUGCCCGCCCGCAGAAUCACGGUCAGACCGCACGGUCGACUCAUGGUCCGAAAUCAACCGUCCAGUCCCCAGCUAAAUGUGCGCACCGUCGCGGGUUUGAGGCGCAUUGGGUUCGUAAAGGUCCGCGGGAUCACCCCGGUAAGAGCAUGCCCCGUGCGACGGGCGAAGCAGUCCGGUGUAUUGACGACCUUCUUUGGUGCAGGGGACGAGAAAAACAAUGGAAUGCUGUCGCGGUCGUUGAAUGUACCCUCCAAAAUUGA